GAACUUCUGCGAUAGAAGAAAUUGUGCUGUGGGGCGUGAGUGGCAUCUGUUUCAUUCCGAGUAUGCAACGAUGCAAGCACAAAGUGUUUUGCUGCACCUUACAGUGAUUAUGUAUAAAAGCCGACCUACCCACCCCGACUCAGAAAACACCAUCAGGAUUCGACUAUGAAAUUCGCUUCACUCACCACUACUGUCAUAUCUGCCGCAGCGAUGGCUGGCAUAGCGCGAGCGCCGGCCCUCGCUCGCUCCCCGCCCACUAUCGCUGAUUCGGACGAUACUACAUCACCCAUCAACCGACCCUGCACCCGCAACAAUUUGGUGCAGUGCUCCACAGGCAUGCAAGGUUACAAUGACGGGAACGAUUAUAGAUUUUUCUGCGGAUCUGAUUGGAGAAUUAUACCGUACACGUCGUGUUCCUGCAAAAAUUGCUGUAAGGUGAUUGCUGAUGGGAAUGACUUCCAGUGUAGAAACUGAGCGAGCCUGCUGCCUUUCGAGCCCGAGUAUUAAUGUUAUUUGACAUGUUGUGCACAAGAGCACGUGAAAAGAGCGCUG